GUAUGAUGAAUGGAUAAAGGCAGACAAGAUAGUGAGACCAGCUGAUAAAAAUGUACCAAAAAUUAAGCAUCGAAAGAAAAUAAAGAAUAAAACUGACAAAGAGAAGGAAGAAAAGUAUUCUCCUAAAAAUUGUAAAUUGCGACGUUUGUCAAAACCACCUUUUCACACCAGCACAUCACCAGAGACUGGGUCCAAACUUGACAGCACUGAAGCCAAAAAUGCUGAACAAACUCCAGUUAAAUCAAUAGAAAUGACUUCUAUCAUUAAUGGGCUACAAGCUUCUGAAACUUCUGAUGAUAGUGAGCAAGAAGAUGACCAAAGUGCCCCAAAUGUACAUGCUGAUGGCAAAGAGGAAUCUCAACGUGAAGCUGUAAGCAAAGACAAGAGCGAACUCUGUCUAAAAGAAGAACAGAGCAGUUCAUCCCUCACAGAAGAAAGUAAAGCUCUGACAGAUGUAGGAAUGCCUAAGUUGGGAUCCAAGUCUCCUGAAAGGUUGCGAAAAGAGAUGGAAGAGUUGACUGAAGAUACUGACUCUGAGGGAGAAGACGAAGCCACAAAGAAGAGAAAGGAUGUGAAAAAGGAAGUAAUGGAUAAAACAGCAAAACCACAGGUAAAACGUGGCAAACGAAGAUAUGGUGUUGCAGAGGAAUCUUUAAAGACUGUGUCACCUAAUAGAAAGGAUGAGAAGCCAAAAAACAAAGACUCCCUUAGUUUAGAAAACAGCAGUAACAGCUCCUCAGAUGAAGAUGAGGAAGACAAAUCUAAACUGAAAAUCACUCCAACUAAAAAGUACAAUGGACUAGAGGAGAAAAGGAAGUCCUUACGGACCAGUACUUUCUACUCAGGAUUUUCUGAAGUGGGAGAGAAAAGAAUAAAACUUCUAAAUAACUCUGAUGAAAGACUUCAGAACACCAGAGCAAAGGACCGAAAAGAUGUCUGGUCCAGUAUCCAGGGACAAUGGCCGAAGAAAACUCUGAAGGAACUGUUCUCAGACUCUGACACUGAAGCUGCUGCCUCCCCUCCACAUGCUGCACCCGAGGAUGCUGUAGCAGAGGAGCAGCUUCAGACUCUUGCAGAAGAAGACAUUUCUUUGCCUAGCUCUGAACUUGAAAAACCUUGUCCAGCUAGUGUGGAUGUUAAACCUGUUGAGGAGAAACCAGCUGAAGUGGGUGACAAGAAAGUUGAAUUUCCAAGCAGUGGCAGUAAUUCAGUGCUAAAUACCCCUCCUACGACUCCAGAAUCGCCUUCGUCUGUAACUGUAACGGAAUCCAGCAGACAUCAGUCCAGUGUCACUGUCUCUGAGAUGUUGCCACCAAAUCAAGAAGAGAUACGAAGCAUUAAAAGCGAAACAGAUAGCACAAUAGAGGUGGACAGUGUUGCAGGGGAGCUGCAAGAUCUCCAGUCUGAGGGAAAUAUUUCUCCAACAGGUUUUGAUGCCAGUGUCAGCUCGAGUAGUAGUAAUCAACCAGAGCCAGAGCACGCUGAAAAAGUCUGUACAGGCCAAAAAAGACUUAAAGAUGCUCAGGGAGGAGGCAGCUCCUCAAAAAAGCAGAAAAGAAGCCACAAAACAUCUGUGAACAACAAAAAGAAGAGUAAAACUACAAACAGCAGUGAUAGUGAAGAACUAUCUGCUGGUGAAAGUCUGUCCAAAUCUCAGUCAGCAAAAUCGGUUUCUACUGGCAUGAAAUCUCAUCAAACCAAAUCACCUGCAAGAAUUCAGUCUCCAGGAAAAUGUGGGAAAAAUGGAGAGAAGGAGUCUGAUCUCAAAGAACAGAAUAAUCGUUUGCCCAAAGUUUAUAAAUGGAGUUUUCAAAUGUCUGACUUGGAAAAUCUGACUAGCGCCGAGCGCAUAACAGUUCUCCAAGAAAAACUGCAGGAAAUCAGGAAACAUUACCUGUCCUUGAAAUCUGAGGUAGCUUCCAUUGACCGAAGAAGAAAGCGCUUAAAGAAAAAAGAGCGAGAAAGUGCUGCUACUACAUCAUCUUCCUCCUCAUCACCUUCCUCUAGUUCCAUUACAGCUGCAGUUAUGUUAACUUUAGCAGAACCAUCUAUGUCAAGUUCGUCACAGAAUGGAAUGUCAGUUGAGUGCAGGUGACAGCAGGACUUGCCAAAGCACUUUGCACUUAAUGGCUGCUGAGGGCCACUCUUUCUUUUUGUUUUUGUUUUUGUUUUGUUUGUUUUUUUUAUACUGCACAGUGGCACAAAAUUCAGACAAGCACUAUUUUGUAUUUAAAGUUGUUUCUUGACAAGCUAACUUUGCACUUAAGUGCACUUUUAUGAAGAAAAAGUACAACAAACUGCUUUUCCUCAAGCAAUAAUUGUUUCCAACUUGUCUGGGAAUUGUAAGUCCAGUGACUUGAAGGCCUUCCACUGUGGCAAAUGGAGGCUGUUCACUGCCUGUAGAGACAGUACAAUAAGCAUAUAGUUUUUGGGUUGAUCUAAACAAAUGUGGUAAGGCUUACUGUAUUCCCUGGUAUUUUGUUAAAGCUGGAACAUUUGAUAUUUUUCCAUUUAUUUAUGACAAAUAUUGAACCUAUUUUCAUUUGUACAAGCUAAUUGUUUUUUAACUGCUAAGUCACCUUAUAGUGGCUUUAAUUGUAUACGUCAAGCACAUGUAUUCAAUUCAAAACCUGCAGUUAGUGGGAUGUUUGACACCAGUCCUGAUAACCAAAUACAAGAAUUCCUUAAAAAAAAAACACAACAAAAACUGACUAAUGUUUACAGGUUUGAAUUAGGCUUAAAUAGGUUACUCUGGGUUUUAAGAACCCGUUAAUUGGAAUGAAAACUACUGUACUUUGCCAUUUUUCUAUAAAACAGUAUUUUUUUUUAAUUUUGAUAAAAUACCUUAUGAAAAAGAAAGAAAAUGGCUAACAAACUGUAUUAAAUCUUAAUGUAUAAAGAUUGUAUUUAGCCAGUUUAAAGUGUAUAUUUAUUCAUAAUGGAUUAUAACAGUUAUAUUUUUGUGUUUUCUUGUAAAUGUUUCUUUUCCCUUAAAGCAACAAAUAUUUCAUUUGUAAUGCUUAUUUUAUUACAAGCUUCAAGGAGAGGACUUCAAGACAGAGUAAGGUGUGAGGUUACAAUUUGUGAUUGCUGAUAUGAACACUGCCACAAAAGGGUAGUUGUUUUUAAAAUAAAUAGCUAGCUGAGUGGUAGACAUUUAAUUUUUUAAAUGCCUUGUACAAAUUCCAAACCCAACUUCAAAACUGUUUUCACUUGUAUUGAUUUUAAGUUCUAUGGAUCCCAAGCUCUCUCCUGUUAAUUAUAUACCUUUGUAAGACAUUUGUAUAUUGCGGAAGUGUUCAUUGAAGCUAUUUAAUACCUGGCACUGUUAAUACACAGUACUUUAUUGUACAGAUUGUUUUACUGUUUUAAUUGUAGUUCUGUGUACUUCUUUUGCCUGGGGAAAUAGGGGCUGGCAUGUUUUUCUUUGUUUUCUGGCAAUACAACAUGUAAGAAUUCAAAGCAUUUUGUUUGUAGAUGCUAGAGUGUCAGAAUCCUUUACAUUUGACUUUUCUAAGAAAAGCAUUUUCAGUCUUCGUAGUGUGUGCUUAAGGUUAACUGAUUUUAUUGAAAAUGUUUUCAAAGUAUUCAGAACUGUACAGGACUGUAAAAAUUUGUUGACAAACAUUGAAGGAAAAGCUUAUAGAAAAAAGCUAUAAAAUAUAUAUUAGGUUCUGCAGAAAAUGGAGAAUUAUGUAAUAUAUUGUACAAAUGUAAGCAAAGGCCUCUGAAAUAAAAUGCCAUAGUUUGUGAAUCCCUGAUUUUGUUUCUAACAGUUUAAUUAAGCAACCAUAGUGUGCGCUUACUAAA